GGAGGCUAUCCAUGGGGACCACACCAACCGAUAAGACACCCCAAUCCAACUUCGGAAAUCGAACUCCUCCGCCGUCUUUGACCCUCUCUACUCUAUCCUCACUCUCUCCAACAACUCCUCCUCCGGCGAGCCACCAUCUCCGCCGCCGGAUUCCCGACAAUGAGGGGCGGAGUGCUCUCCUCCGUCCUCCAUUACUGGCUGGUCGACCACCCAUCAGUCCGCCACUUCACUUGGGCCCCAGGCCACACCUUCGGCUCCACCCCGCUCUUCCUCACCCUCACCGUCCUCUCCUACCUCGUCCUCACGCGCCUCCUCGUCCUCCUUAACGCGCCGCCUCUCCCCCCGGCUAUCCUCAAGGCCGUGACGGCCAUCCACAACCUAGCCCUCUCCUCCCUCUCCCUCUUCAUGGCAGCCGGGUGCGCCCUGUCCUCCCUAUCCCAGGCCCCCGACCCCCGCUGGAUCGUCUGCUUCCCGGCCGGGAAGACCCCGCCCCGGGGGCCGACAUUCUUCUGGGCGUACGUGUUCUACCUCUCGAAGAUCCUCGAGCUCGUCGACACCCUCCUCAUCGUCCUCUCCGGCUCGACCCAGCGGCUGACCUUCCUCCACGUCUACCACCACUCGACGGUCCUUGUCAUGUGCUACGUCUGGCUCCAGACCGCGCAGUCGCUGUUCCCGGUCGCCCUCGUCACCAACGCGUCCGUCCACGUCCUGAUGUAUGGAUACUACUUCCUGUGCGGGGUGGGGCUGCGGCCCCGGUGGAAGAAGGCGGUGACAAACUGCCAGAUCGUGCAGUUCGUGUUCAGUUUCCUCGUCUCCGGCCUGAUGCUGUGGUACCACUUCACCGGGCCGGGGUGCUCCGGGAUCUCGGGCUGGUGCUUCAAUGCCGUCUUCAAUGCCUCUCUGCUGGCCCUGUUCGUUGAUUUUCACGUCAAGAGCUACGCCCGCAAGAAGAAGAACGACAAGGAAGGCUAAGAGAGAUGAGUAUAUAAAGUUUCAUCACUUUUCUUUCUUCUUCUGAAUUUGCCGGAACAAGUUGCUGCUGCUUCUCAGAUCAGUAAUGGAUGCUCAAAUUGAUAGAUUUUGUGUACUGCAUUGAGAUCGAAGUGGAGACGACAUUGUAUAGCCGUGAUAAAUUGUCGGGCUAGUUCAUAGAUAUGAAUGAAACUGAAGUUUCCAUUUUUGGCCGCAUAAUGCUCUUGGGAGCUAUACUAUGAUUUGAUAUCCGUGAUCAGACUCGAUUGUUCUUGCU